GGCGGCGGCUGCGGGCGAGCGCACCGGGUCCGGGCCGCCCCCAGCCCCAGCCCCAGCCCCGCCGGGCCCCGCCCCCCGCCGAGUGCAUGAGGUUGACGCUACUUUGUUGCACCUGGAGGAAGAACGUAUGGGAGAGGAAGGAAGCGAGUUGCCCGUGUGUGCGAGCUGCGGCCAGAGGAUCUAUGAUGGCCAGUACCUCCAGGCCCUGAAUGCUGACUGGCACGCAGACUGCUUCAGGUGUUGCGAAUGCAGCGCCUCCCUGUCGCACCAGUACUACGAGAAGGAUGGGCAGCUCUUCUGCAAGAAGGACUACUGGGCCCGCUAUGGCGAGUCUUGCCACGGGUGCUCGGAGCACAUCACCAAGGGGCUGGUCAUGGUGGCUGGGGAGCUGAAAUACCACCCCGAAUGCUUCAUCUGCCUCACGUGUGGAACCUUCAUUGGGGACGGGGACACCUACACUCUGGUGGAGCACUCCAAGCUCUACUGUGGGCACUGCUACUACCAGACCGUGGUGACCCCCGUCAUCGAGCAGAUCCUGCCCGACUCCCCCGGCUCCCACCUGCCCCACACAGUCACCCUAGUAUCCAUCCCAGCCUCAGCUCAUGGCAAACGCGGCCUCUCGGUCUCCAUCGACCCCCCUCACGGCCCGCCGGGCUGCAGCACAGAGCACUCCCACACCGUCCGCGUCCAAGGAGUGGACCCCGGCUGCAUGAGCCCGGAUGUGAAGAAUUCCAUCCACGUCGGGGACCGGAUCCUGGAAAUCAAUGGCACGCCCAUCCGGAACGUACCCUUGGACGAGAUUGAUCUGCUGAUCCAGGAAACCAGCCGCCUGCUCCAGCUGACUCUUGAGCACGACCCCCAUGACACACUGGGCCACGGGCUGGGGCCUGAGCCCAGCCCCCUGGCCUCCCCAGCUCUCACUCCCAGUGGGGAGGCGGGCACCUCCGGCCGGCAGAAGCCUGUCCUGAGGAGCUGCAGCAUCGACAGGUCUCCGGGCGCCGGCUCACUGGGCUCCCCAGCCUCCCAGCGCAAGGACCUGGGCCGCUCCGAGUCCCUCCGUGUGGUCUGCCGGCCGCACCGCAUCUUCCGGCCUUCGGACCUCAUCCACGGCGAGGUGUUAGGCAAGGGCUGCUUCGGCCAGGCCAUCAAGGUGACGCACCGGGAGACGGGCGAGGUGAUGGUGAUGAAGGAGCUGAUCCGCUUCGACGAGGAGACCCAGCGGACCUUCCUGAAGGAGGUGAAGGUCAUGCGAUGCCUGGAGCACCCCAAUGUGCUCAAGUUCAUCGGGGUGCUCUACAAGGACAAGAGGCUCAACUUCAUCACCGAGUACAUCAAGGGCGGCACGCUCCGCGGCAUCAUCAAGAGCAUGGACAGCCAGUACCCGUGGAGUCAGAGGGUCAGCUUUGCCAAGGACAUCGCUUCGGGAAUGGCCUACCUCCACUCCAUGAACAUCAUCCACCGGGACCUCAACUCCCACAACUGCCUGGUUCGAGAGAACAAGAACGUGGUGGUGGCCGACUUCGGGCUGGCCCGGCUCAUGGUGGACGAGAAGACACAGCCCGAGGACCUGCGGAGCCUCAAGAAGCCAGACCGGAAGAAGCGGUACACGGUGGUGGGCAACCCCUACUGGAUGGCGCCUGAGAUGAUCAACGGCCGCAGCUACGAUGAGAAGGUGGAUGUGUUUUCCUUUGGCAUCGUCCUGUGCGAGAUCAUCGGGCGGGUGAACGCCGACCCAGACUACCUGCCGCGCACCAUGGAUUUUGGCCUCAACGUACGAGGUUUCCUGGACCGCUACUGCCCCCCAAACUGCCCCCCGAGCUUCUUCCCCAUCACCGUGCGCUGCUGCGACCUGGACCCCGAAAAGAGGCCCUCCUUUGUGAAGCUGGAGCAGUGGCUGGAGACUCUCCGCAUGCACUUGGCCGGCCACCUGCCACUGGGCCCACAGCUGGAGCAGCUGGACAGGGGCUUCUGGGAGACUUACCGGCGAGGCGAAAGCGGACUGCCUGCCCACCCUGAGGUCCCCGACUGAGCCCAGCCCACCCAGCGCCUCCCCCCCAAUCCCCGUCCCCACCUCCGGAGAACCCAGCCUGCACCCGAUCCCUCUGCGGGGGGUGGCCGUGCCCUCAGCGGGGCGCUGGACACCCAUACCCCUUCCCCAGCACCAGGCCCUGACUUGCCUUCUCUGCCCCAUGGGCCAUGGCCCCUGCCCUGUCUCCGCCCCCGGCCCAGAGCUGGCCCGGCUGCACACACGUCACAUCCCCCUGCCUUCCCUCUGUGUCGCCGGGGCUGCCCCCUCGCGCUUCUCCUCGCAUGAGCUGGAGGGCCCGCGCCCGCCGCCCCUGCCGUCGGCGGCUCCUCUGAGACUGGGCGGGAGGACAGACAGCCUCAGACCGUGGCCGGUCACACAUGUUCCCAGGAGCCAAACCGGGAGGCCGGGGCUCUUCACCCGCCGGGGUGUCUAGGUAGCAGCAGGUGUUGAGAAUUAUCCAAACCCCCAAAGCGGAGAGAGGUCUGCUCCUGGGGGCCGACGUCCCCACUGGCCUGCAGCAGCCCUCCCUUGCUUUGGGUCUUUUUGUUUCUUUUUUGAAGCCACUUUAGUGAGAAGCAGGUACCAGCCUCAGGGUGAAGGGAGGGUCCCAUGAGGGAGAGGGAGCCACGGGUCCUUGGGCCCCGAGCUGCUGGGAGGAGCAGCAGAGGGGGGUUGGGCAGGGCGGACGAGACCAGGGUCCACCAGCAGCCCAGCCCCUGAAGCUCAUCUCAGUGGCCCCUCCCGGGCCUCACCCCGAGGCUCCCCGCCAGUGGCUGGAGCAGCCCCUGCCCCUCCCCGUGCCCCUCUCUCCCCUAGGUUCUUUCUGUGUAAUCUAUUUUUUAAGAAGA